AGCGCCCGCAAACAGUGUUGCUUAACUUCGCAGUGGUAGUUUCUUUUUUCGUGUCAAUUUGAGAAAUUUGGCAAAAGUUAAUUGAAUAAAAGUUUUAAGCAAUUGCAAGGGUAUUUAAACACUGCCAGCCAUGUCCCUGUUAAACAACGACGACAGCAUUCCCAACAUGGACGAGGAUCCACAGGUUGUUAUUCCGGACGACGAGCCCUCGACGGCGGUUCGAAUGCCCAAUGGCAGAUCCAUGGACUCGCUGCGCUCCUCCUUCACCAACCGCAGCUCCACGCCGGAUUCUUCGCACAAUUCGCUGGAGGCCAUGGAAAUGGCCCAGGACGACCGGGAGGAGAAGGCCCGCCUCAUCACACAGGUCCUGGAGCUGCAGAACAUGGACGACCUGUCGCAACGCGUCGAUUCCGUCAAGGAGGAGAAUCUCAAGCUGCGUUCCGAGAAUCAGGUGCUCGGCCAGUACAUCGAAAACCUGAUGUCCGCCUCCUCGGUGUUCCAGUCCACCAGUCCCAGUGCGGCCAAGAAGAAGUAAUCUUCUGAUAACCCACCAAUCCAUUGGAACUGGAAACCAAAAACCAUCUCAAAUAUGCCUUCUCAUUCACGCUAGAGCUAUAUUUUAAUCUAUAACACUCGAAAUUAAGCUAUUGCAAUGUUGUUUCAGUUGCCCACUCGUCGAAUUUGUCUUUGUUUAGGCUUAAGCUUAUGGCGCGCUAUGUAUUUUAUACAUAAAAGUAAUUUAUUUAUAUAGAUAAUUAAUAAAUCAAUAAUAUACCCCAUCGCAAUUAAAGGAUUUAAAAACGGAAAAGGGCUGGCAACCCUGAACAGCCAGCUGUUCGUAGAAGUCGAGGAAUAACACGUUCCGCAAAAUAAAUAGAUAAUAUAAGUAAGAGUGCUUUAUUUUAUAUGCACUAAAUAAAUGUAUGUAGAUAGAUAAUAAACAAAAAGAAACCCUAAAAAUUAAGGUUUGAAUUGGGGCUGCCACCUGUGCUACAGUCUGGCAGCCUUGGUCGGCCAGCUGUUCGUGUUGGUCGUGCAACAACAAAUUCAGCAGCGAAUUUCGUAUUCGGAAAACGUAGAAAGCGUUUUAAAGUCCGUAGGCGCUGCUCGGAAUUAAUAGAAAACUGUCGGAAAACACAGAAAAAGUAAAGAAACAUCGCGGGCCAGCACGAAAACAACUUAACCUGCAAGAAAAGUGAUUGCGAAAUACGCUGCAAGAG